AUGCGAGAAGCUUCAAAUUCAUCUAUACUGGAUGUAGAAGACUUGAUAGAGUACUGUUAUCCUGAAUCAAAUCUCUCUUGUGUGAAGAUUUCUCAUAAUGUAGCAGCUAGAGCAGUUAUAUAUUCAAUACUGGUGUUUGCAACACUUGUUACAAUUCUGGGAAAUUCAGUUGUCAUUAUCUCAAUAGCUCAUUUUAAACAGCUUCACACACCUACAAACAUUUUGGUGAUGUCUCUAGCUCUGGUAGAUCUGCUUCUGGGAAUCACAAUUAUGCCUUUCAGCAUGGUCAGGAGUGUUGAUGGAUGCUGGUACUUUGGAGAAGAAUUCUGCUAUUGGCAUUCUACUUUUGACUUUCUGUUCACUGGUGCAUCAAUCUUUCAUCUGAUUUCUAUUGCUGCAGAUCGACAUCAAGCUGUGUGCUAUCCACUUCACUACCCUUCAAGAAUAACUCUACCCGUUGCUGGCCUUAUGGCAGCUUUGAGCUGGAUUUUGGCUACAGUGUAUGCUUUCAGUUCCAUUGGUUCAAAAGCAAGUAUAAUGAACAUUGAAGACUACCUCGCAUCUGUAUACUGCUUUGGAAAUUGUUUGGUUUUGAUCAAUGAAGCCUGUGCUUCUAUAUGUACAUGUCUGUUUUUCAUUUUGCCAGUCUGUGUUAUGAUUGGUUUGUAUACUCAGAUAUUUUUAAUUUCAGACAGGCAUGUAAGAAAAAUAGGGGUCACAAAACAGGGCAGACCUGACAUGACUUUAAUUAAAAUAUCACAAAAGGUGAAACAUGAGAAAAAAGCAGCAAAAACUCUUGGGAUUGUUGUAGGUACAUUUAAUGUAUGCUGGAUGCCAUAUUACAUUACAUCUGUCGUUGAUACUUUCUCACACUAUACCAGUCCUGCAAUUCUUCCUGACAUAUUCAAUUGGAUGUGUUAUAUUAAUUCAACAUUGAAUCCUAUUAUAUAUGGCCUUUUUUAUCCAUGGUUCAGAAAAACAUUGUAUCUCAUCGUUACACUAAAAAUAUUUGCUCCUAAUUCCUCUGACAUAAACGUUUAUCCAGCUUAA